AGGAUGGCUGCCGUCGGCCUGCGCUCGGUGGCGGUGCUGCUGGUGGCGGCUUUGGUCGCCAUAGGGGCGGCGUCUCCUCCACCGAGGCCCGGUGGUCGAGGGCACCUGCAGGAGACCCGAGAUGGGGGUCUGCGGGGAGGAGCGGAGAUCGAGAGAGGAGGAGCUGAGAUAGAGAGAGGAGGGGCUGAGAUCGAGAGGGGCGGAGCUGAUAUCGAGAGAGGAGGAGCGGAGAUCGAGAGAGGAGGAGCCCAGAUCGAGAGGGCAGCAAGAAACGACAGGAUCAACUCUGCGAGCUCCGAGUCGAGAGAACAUGAAAUGGACGCUCGUGGGACUCAUCUUUCCUUCCCUCAUCUUAACGAGGGACUGAAACUGGCUGGAGAAAAUGACGAUAGGAAACCGAUGGAGGGACCCAAGGCAGAAGAAAAUGACGCUAGGAAACCGCUGGAGGGACCCAAGACCCACGACUGGAAGGUCCGUCUGGUUGGGCGUUCGGACGACUUGCAGCCCAGAAGGCCAGCGUACGGUACCACAGCGAGAAAGCCAAUGUUCUCGGGCUCUGGCCGAAUUUCGAAGGACCCUGCCCGGGAGUCCACACUCGAAGGUCGAGGAGGAGCCGACAUCCAGCCGCGUAUCGAGCUGAAGCCUCACAUCAAGCCUUUCGAUCAGCGCGACUUGGCGGACGAGCCGACCUCGAGAAGCGACUACACCCUCCCCGUCGGGAAACACCAGCUCAAGUCGGACAGCUACCCGAACAACUACGCCGUCAACAAGCUCUCCACGUGGAACCUGCGCCCGCAGAGCGGCACGGCCAGCCUGACCCUGACCUGCUCCGACUUCCAGCUGGAGGGGCCGGCCUCCUCGCACGGCUGCGUCUGGGACUACCUCUCCGUCAACGGGCGGCGCUUCUGCGGCGCGGACGGACCGGCCGCCGUCACCGCCAGCUGGCUGCGCAUCGAGUUCAAGAGCGACGCUACGGUGACGGACCGCGGCUUCAGCUGCGAGGUCGAGGUGCGGGACGGCUGCUGCGGCCGCAGCGGAGCCGGAAACCGCAUCGUCGGCGGCACGGAGGUCAGCCCGGCGCACUCGUUCCCCUGGCAGGUGGGCCUGAUGAACCCCAAGUACGGCACCGGGUUCGUCUUCUGCGGGGGAUCGGUCGUCAACUCGCGGUUCGUCAUGACGGCGGCGCACUGCACGGACGGCCUCAACCCGAUCAACAUCACCGUCGCUGUCGGGCUGCACGAGGUGGGCGGCACGGCCGGCGCGCGCGUCAUCAAGGUCUCUGGUAUCCGGCAGCACUCAGAGUACAACAGCGCGGCCGCGUUCGACCUGGACAUCUCGCUGCUGGAGCUGGCGGAGGAGAUCGCCUUCAGCGACAGAGUUCGGCCCGUGUGCCUGCCGCGCGGCGGAGACCUGUACGCCGGCGUGCCGGCGAUCGUCUCCGGCUGGGGCACGCUGAAGUCGGGCGGCAGUCAGCCGGACGUGCUCCACAGUGUCACUGUACGCACCGUCACCAACGCCGAGUGCGCGGCCGCCUACGGAGCCUCUUCCAUCACCGCGAACAUGCUGUGUGCGGCCGAGUACGGUAAGGACUCGUGUCAGGGCGACUCGGGAGGGCCGCUGGUCAGCAGCGCCGGAGGCCGCGCCACGCAGAUCGGCGUGGUGUCGUUCGGGAAGGGCUGCGCCGUCCCUGGCUAUCCGGGGGUGUAUGUCCGUGUGACGGAGCUGAUGGGGUGGAUCGACAAGACCGCCAUGGACGGAGAGGUCUGCUGAGAGGGCUGGAGGGGCGCCUCGGCGGUCGGCCAGUGAGGACAGAGGCGUCUCAACAGCCGCCGAUAGAGUACACUUCGCUGGACGGGACGGACAGGUCUGCUGCGAGGACCGCAGAGGCGCCUUAGCAAUCGACUAGAGGCCGCACCUCGCUGACUUUGGCUGACCGAAGACGGUAUUCGAUGUGUUGGGUGUGCUAGCAGUCGCUAGUUUGACAGGAGUCGUGUUGUGCUUCCUGUGUGUCUUGUGUCUGUUUGCUUAUGUUGAUUUGCAGUCUGUUAACAAAAUAUAUGUUCAGCAUGAGA